GCAACGUAACUGGUUCUUUUUCAGUUGGAGCGCUGAGCGUAGCAUGCGAGGAGCAAUGGGGAGCUCGAAUACAGCUGGAGGUGGCGUCAGGGAAGAAAGCGCGAUGGAAGAUGGAGGGGCUGACGGUGGCGCCUACCCUCCGGAGACGCCUGCCUUUGGUACGUUCUCGGAGGGCGAGAAGGUCCUCGCUUACCAUGGACCUUGCCUCUACGAAGCCAAGGUGCAAAAAACCGAGAUAAGAAAAGAUGAAUGGAAAUAUUUUGUUCACUAUCUUGGUUGGAGCAAAAGUUGGGAUGAAUGGGUUGUUGCUGACCGUUUGCUCAAGUUUACUGAGGAAAAUGUUGCGAAGCAGAAAUUUCUUGCAAAAAAUCAGAAUGUAGAUAAGAGUUCCAAGUCAGGGAGGUCAACUCAGAGCAAGCCACGAAGCUCAAAUGAUGCGAAAGUGGAUAAAGAAGAUUUAAGAAAUCAGGCCCCUAGAGGCAAAAAGCGGAAGGGUCAAACUGGUACUGAGGAGAAGAGCAUGAGAUCUGUGGAGAAACUCGCCAUGUUACAGUUUCCGCCAACUCUGAAAAAGCAGCUAGUCGAUGACUGGGAAUUUGUAACUCAGUUGGGUAAGCUUGUCAAGCUUCCUCGUUCACCAAAUGUUGAUGAUAUUUUAAAGAAAUACCUUGAGUAUCGAACUAAAAAGGAUGGCAUGAUUGUUGAAUCAGUUGCGGAGAUUCUAAAGGGUAUACGAUGCUAUUUUGACAAAGCAUUGCCCCUCAUGCUUUUGUACAAAAAGGAGCGCCAACAAUAUCAAGAAGCAGUCCAUGAUAACAUAUCACCAUCAUCUAUAUAUGGGGCUGAACAUCUUCUUCGUCUUUUUGUUAAAUUACCUGAAUUGCUGUCUUAUGUCAACAUGGAAGAGGAUGCAUUAGGCAAAUUGCAGCAGAAGCUUCUAGAUCUUCUGAAGUUCCUUCAAAAAAAUCAGAACUUGUUCUUUCUUUCAACCUAUAAUGGUUCAAAGAACAUGGAUAAAUCAGAUGAUUAGUACGAUGAGUAAAACUUAUGAAGCAGAUGUCAUCUCAUAUUUGCACUUCUGCGCAUAUUUUUCUGCUUCCAUUUCCUAAGUCACCUAUCUCUACUCUAAUGAAGGACCAGUUCAACUAUCCUUGAUAUCAAAUUCCAGCUACAAUCGAGUUGUGACAUUUAAGCAUACUUGACUUUCCUGAUAUAAUCCAGCUGCAGUCAUUCUGGCAUAGAGCUUGUUAGAAAUCCGCAAAACGAACGUUGAAAUUGAAAUACUGUUGCUUUA